AUGGCUGCGUUGGUUCAAACGAUUCCGCAACACACUAGUACGGUACCGGUGCUCCAGACGCGUCCUUCCUCCUCCUCAGGCACCUUCGCCUCUUCAUCACAGACCCAGGCCUCCCGUUAUCAGAAUAUGUCGUGGAGCUCCCUCAAUGCUGGCAAUUCGGGUUCCUAUCGAACUAGUCAACCGAUCGUGGCUCCCUACGCCUUCGCUCCAAACCUGGGUCAUCCUUCAAGCCCCCAACAACAUCGACAGUCGUGGUCCCCUCAUCUCCGGCCCGAACACCGCACAUUUUCCGCCCCUACUGUUGCUCAAGGGCCAAUGAUGCCUUACGGGGCUACUCCUCGAGUCGCCCACCCUGCAGCUGGUUCUGUAUCGAAUACUUCCUCUUCUACCCCAUCUUUUCAUUCCUAUGUUUCCAAGGACGACAGUGCGAUCCCCUCUAGGAAACCGAGGGGUGACCAGCCUCUUCGUCCUCUUUCCACCGCCAACCUCCCCUCUCCCCCCGUCAUGAAUAUCUCCUCGCCCACCGGGUCUGCCAAACCUUCCCCAAAUCGAUAUCGUCGGCCCCAGCGUGCGGAGGGUGCACGCGAUCAGUCACCCGCACCCAUCUCGGCACCGGCAUCGGCAUCGCCUGCUGAGGAGAAGACGACCGCACCUCUGCCUGUUCGACCUGCUCUCCGAUCAGCUCACAAUCGCGUGUCAAGCGUAGAUGGUGUCUCUCAUGCAGAGAAGGUGGCCCCGGAGCGAUACCGUCGACGGAGUUUGGGCAACAUGGACCCUGCAGCUAUUCCCGCCCUGCAGCUUCAGCUACCCACCACCUCUUCAUCACCGCCUCAAUCGGGCUCAUACGACUUCAUUUCGUUCGACUCGAAUCCCCGGCCGCACUCAUCCCACUCCCGUCGGGAUAGCUCAGGGAGCAACCACUCGCGGCAUUCUUCUGGCUCUUCGGCUCGAGCCGGGUCCCCGGAUUCCAGUUCCGUGACCAGCAAAACCGGAAAGUCCGACGAGAAGAGAACUAGCAAGCCUUCGCCCCUUUCCCAACCAGCAGCCACAUCCCCCGACUCGCCUACAAAUGAAACCGAAGAAACCCACACUACGUCCUCCUCGCCACCGUUAGACUCCCCUGCAGCCAGGCGUCUGGCUGAGCUGAAGAAUGGCGCCAACCGCCCCGGGAAGUCGCGCUUGAGGCGUGCUUUCUCGUUUGGUAGCGCUUCCGAGCUUUUGAAGAAUUCCGGGGAGAGUCGUGCCGCCAAGCGAGAAGCCCUCGCUGCGGAGAAACUUCGUCAAGAAGCGUUGCUGGAGGAAUUGGGACCGGAACAGGCUGCCAUUGCCAUGCAACAAGAAGAGAGCGGUCUUGGUGAAAGCAUCUAUUCUCAUCAGGGUGGACUUUUCUCUCGAUCUACUGAUGCUCUCUCAGUAUCAUCUACGGCAUCAUCGGCGUCUAUGAUGCUCCGAAAAAUGGGCAAAGGCAUGAAGAAGGGUGGUCGAUCUCUCGUUGGCAUGUUCCGUACCAAGUCAGUUGCUAGUAUCAACUCGAUUGAAGGUGCAGCUGAGCCGAUAGCCGCUCCUCAAAUCACCGUUGUCAAUGUUGAAAGAGACGAUGGCGAGAGCGUUGCCGUGAAUGCCGAUCUGCAGGAAAUGCCUCGUGGUGGCACUGUCUUCCCCAGGGUGGAGGGAUCAGAUGUUCGUCGGUCCGCUUCCAUCCGGGAAAGGACCAUGUCGGAUGCCUCCCAGACGCGUAAGAGCAUCGUGGGAAGCGACCGUGAGCGGGCGGAGAUCCUUGCAGCCGUCCGCAAGGGCAUUCUGAAGAAAACCCAUUCCGACCUUGCAGUUCCCUCGAUCGCCAAUGCGCUCGCCGCCGAUUCGCCGCAUUCCAGUGCCCCGACCACGCCCGAUGAAUCGACACGGCCUCGCCCGAACGAUCACGUGAAGAUUGAGGGAGAGGACUACUUCCUUACCGAGAGCGGACGCUACACUGGUACGGAUGCGAAGAGUGCUCCGAUCACUCCUUCUAGUGUUGGACGGAACAUUGCCUUCAGCCCUCGCAUCCAAUUCCACGACACCUGGCCUCCUGGCGAGUACGACCGCCGUGGAGACAUCGCUACCUGCAAUCGCCUGACUCCUCUGCUCGCUCAGCAGAUUCGGGAGGAGAUUAACAAUUUCAAGAUGGAGAUGGAGGUUCAUGAAAACUCCAAGAUCUACACGCACUUCAUUUGA